UGGCUUGCUCCUAUCUUUGAAAAUUUGCAGAAAGUGCCCACAAUGAAGUCGAAAAUUCCCUCAAAUUUGCUGGUUGGACGUGAAAAAGAACAGUUAUACUUAGAAGAUCUUCUGAAAAUGAAUUUACCGGUAACCAGUUGUCUCGUGAUCAACGGGCCGUCUGGAUGUGGAAAGUCUAGACUGAUUUCAGCUACUUUUGGUGAAUUGGAACGCCUAUAUGAUCAGAAAUGGGCUCUGAUUAAUUGUCUGGAGGGAUGCUCGUCUGGAUCGCACAGUAUGUUUUCCGGUAUCUCACCCAAGUUGAUGUUCGAGCUGGUUCUGCAAUCUGUCAAGUUGCGUUACGUGCCAAACUCCAUUGUGAACUGUCGCUGUGACGGUGCGCCGCGGUUCCUUGAACAACUGUGUGAUUUGCUUUUAGAAGUUGCCAGCCAAACGGAAACUGAAGAGGGUAUCCAUCUAUUCGUUCUUGUGUUUGAUCAGGCUGACAAACUACGUGAUGCCGAUCCUCUAUUACUACCCCUGUUGGUUCGCUUGGGUUCGCUCGUUGAAGAUGAACUUUGUCGACGCGAUUCUACUAAUCGAAUCAUCAGCCUAACAACUGUACUAGUCACUCGGUCCCCUUGGGAGAAAUUCUCCAGUCAAACUUUCCACCUCGAACCGAUCGUUAUGUCAAUUAAUAGUUACAAUCGCGAUCAGAUGGCAUCCAUCUUACUUUCCCAGGCACCUACUGGCGCAGAUCCAAAACGUUUCUCUCGGUUUGUAGAGUUGCUGCUCACAGUGUGUUUUCCAGUCUGUCGCAACGCUGGUGAGCUGAUCUAUCUAUCAGAGACCAAUUGGAUUGCAUUUGAAGAACCAGUGACAAAGGGUUUAGUAGCACCGAACGACGAGUGGACACAGUGGAAAAUGGCUCAGCCCACUUUGAAACGUUCUCUGACCAAUCUUUACUUGCGCAGUCAACCCAAAACCUCGACGACUUGUUACAGUUCCAGUGUUUUGGAAUUACCCUAUUUCACACGCUAUUUACUCAUUGCCGCGUUUAUGGCAUCGUACAAUCCUCGUACUGCGGACAAAAAGUUUCUUGUGAAGCAUUCUGAGAAACAAAGUACGCGGAAAAAGAAACAGGAAAAAGCCGCCGCGAAGACCAAGUUCCUUUUGGUCGGACCGCAAGCGUUUCCUCUCGAUCGGCUUCUGGCCAUUUUUCACGCUUUGCUUCGUGACGAAUCGGAUCGAAUUCCCACCAGUAGCUUACUUCUCAGUCAGGUUGCUUGCUUAACCGCACUGGGACUUCUGAGCGCCACAAGUUCGGCCAACGCUAUCGGUGGUUUUCUUACAACCGGUUUUGGUGCCGUUACAACCGGGCAGACUCAAGUGGAAUCAGACGCAUUGGCAAAUCCGCGCUACCGAUGCCUGAUGAGUUUUGAAACAGCCCGAGCUGUGGCGAAAUCGUUAGAUUUUGACUUACCCGCUUAUCUGACCGAUUGUUAUGGUGUCUGA